CAAAAUCUUAAACAAUUGAUGACGCUCAAAUCACCCUCAAAACAAGUUAACAGAGUAAGCGGUCGUCGUUAAUAAAAAUACCCAACUCUUAGUAAUGUUCGAACACAAGAGGCUCAUAUUUCAAGACACACCACAAAUCAGCUUCCCUUUCUCAAUUAAGCACAAAGGUAAUGGCUCCGGUUGGUACUAACAAAUAGUCCACAUGCAAACUUUUUUCACAUAAGAAAUCCUCACAUUCUAAUUACAGUUUUAAAAACCAAGAAUCAUUUAAGUGACAACAACUCAAACUCAAGAGAUGACUCAACUCAUUAACUCUUUCACAUGCUCACUUGACUCAAUUAGGAAUUUUCAAAAUCACCACUUUUUCGGUUUACAUGCCCUCACAUGAAAGAAGCGUCCCAAAACCGCACACAUAUAAAAAAGACAUGGGACAACAAAGAUGCAACACUCACACUCACAAAGAAUCAUCUCAUGUACACAAAAUGUCACACCAUAGGCUUGCCCAGAUUUUCAAUCAUUAUUGACUCAACUCCAUUUGGUUAGAAAUCUCAAAGGACUUUGUUAAGCUUGUAAUAUAGGCUUAGGAAAGGUUAGGAUAACAUUUAGGUAUAAGUGACUACACCCUCCUUGAAAGUGCACAACAACUCAUCAUUUCCAACUUUCUCCACUUUUUUUCACUUUUCAAACCGUUUCGGUUCCAAUGUCCAAAAUACCAAUCGACCAUUCUAGUCCCAACUCAAUCAAGAAGCUCCACCAAACCAAAAUCCACCCUACCAAAUGCCACAAACCCAACCAAUUCCUGUAAUAGAGGUGAGGGAUGAUGAGUACCAAGGGGGAUAUGAAGGUGAAGGUGAAGAAGCGCCAAUGAAUGAAUUUCCAAGGAAUUGACCAAGAGGUCAAAUGUGGUAUAGAGGACGAGGAGGUAGGUUUGGCCCGGUACAACAUGGAAGAAGACAAUAUGGGAACCAACCUCAAUGUGGUGAACCAAGGGAAGCCUAUGCCAAUCAAGAGUAUGGUCAACAAAUGGCAGAAGAACAUGGUAACCAAUAUCAAGGAGAAGUCCAAAGAGGUUACUAACACAACAACUAAGUGGGUGAGGGACGAGGAAACUAUUAUGGGGACCAAGGUGGAAAUGGAGGCCGAGAUGUUGAAAUCAACUCUAUCAAGACUAAUCUCCCACCUUUCCAAGGGGAAUGCAAUCCCGAUGCUUAUCUAGAAUGGGAGUCGCUUUGUGAAAGAAUCUUCCAAGUCAAUGAUUUGACCGAGGUCAAGAAGAGUUGCUUUGCCAUUGCUCAAUUUGAAGGGUUUGCUAUUACGUGGUGGGAAUACAUGAAAAGGUUGAUUCUAGUACUUCAAGAUGGACACGCUCCACCAUGGACCGGAUUGAAAGCCCUUAUGAGAGUCAAGUAUGUGCCGAAAAGGUAUUGCCAAGAGUUACUUGCUAAGUUGUACAACUUGAGGCAAGGAAGCAAAAGUGUUGCGGCUUAUCAUGAUGAGUUUCAAAAUUUGAUCUUGAAGCUAGAAAACACGAGAAUGAAGAGCAUGUUGUUAUUCGCUUCAAGGUAGGGUUGAACAUGGAGAACUCUUCUAAGAUGACUAUUCACAAGUUUGCUAGCUUGAAUGACAUCUUUGAAACGACCAAUGAGGUAGAGCGGGAACUCAAAAAGGAGAAAGUACCUAAGUACAAGGGUAUUUCAUCUUCAAAUUCUUGGAGUAAGAACAAGGGAGGAGCUCAAACAUCUUCGGGUUGGAACAAGAAUAAGGAUCUCAAGAAGCCUUAUGAGAAGAAAGCCUUUGAAGGAAACACUCCAAAGUACCCACCAAGAGAGGGAGGUAAUAAGGACUCAACCAAAUUUCCUAAAGGCAUUCAAUGUCACAAGUGUAGAGGAAGGGGUCAUAUGAUGCGUGAAUAUCCUAAUUGGUUGAAUAUGCUAGUUCAAGGAGGGGAAUUGUAUAUUGGUGAAGGGGUAGAUCAAGAGGAGGGUUGUGAAGAGGAAACCCAAGAAGAGGAUGAUUUUGAAGGUGAUGAAGAUGAGGAACAACACCCAUGUGAGGGAAAAGAUGUCGUCGUUCCUAAUGGUUUGAUGAGGAAGGCCCCAAUUGAAGAAGCUUGGCCUCAAGAAUGAGAGUUCACCGUACCAAUGUAUGUGGUGAGGGAGAAUCUUUUCCACUCCAAGUGCCUCAUCGAAGAUAAUGUGUGUUCCUUGAUCAUUGAUAGUGGGAAUUGUACCAACGUUGCUACGCUUAAGUGGAAUU